AUGUGGCUGCAGCAGAGGCUUAAGGGAUUGCCAGGGCUGCUGUCGAGCAGCUGGGCCCGCCGUCUCCUCUGUCUGCUCGGGCUUCUACUGCUGCUCCUGUGGUUCGCGGGCUCCGGGGCGCGGCGGGCGGCGGGCGGUCUGCAUCUGCUGUCUUGGGUUCACGGCGAGCCGAGUGCCGCCGAGCCCUCCGCCUGCCUGGAGGCGGCCACCCGUGUCUGGCGUGGCUUGCGGGAGCGCGGUGAGGCUGUGCCGCUGGGCCCUGGCGUGCCGGCCCUGGUAGCCAACGGCUUUCUGGCCCUGGACGUUGCGGCCAACCGGCUCUGGGUGACCCCUGGGGACCGGGAGCCCGCUGUGACGCCGGAUUUUGUGCCGUUAGUGCAGCUGCGCCCCCUCAGCGCGUUGGCCGAAGCCGGGGAGGCCGUACUGCUUUUGCGGGAAGGCCUGCUGCGCCGAGUGCGGUGCGUGCAGCUCGGGGUCCCAGGCUCCGGCCCCGCGGCUGCCGUUCCGGGACCAGUUUCUGGCUCGGUCACGGGGGCCUGUCGCGACUGCGUGCUGCUGCAGGAGGACUUUGUGGCGCACCGGGGCCGACCUCACGUCUACCUGCAGCGUAUCCAACUCAACAACCCCACGGAGCGCGUGGCCGCGCUACAGACUGUGGGGCCCACCGCCGGCCCGGCCACCAGGGCCUUCACCAGUACCCUGGAGAAGGUCGGAGACCAUCAGUUCCUCCUCUACUCGGGCCGGUCCCCCCCUUUGUCGUCGGGACUGGUACACUUAGUGGUGGUGGCCGCCAAGAAGCUAGUGAACCGGCUCCAGGUGGCUCCCAAGACACAACUGGAUGAGACAGUGCUUUGGGUGGUACAUGUCUCCGGCCCCGUUAAUCCCCAGGUGCUUAAGAGUAAAGCAACCAAGGAGCUGAAGACACUCCAGGACUUGGCCCGGAAGGAAAUGCUGGAGCUCUUGGAGGUACCAGCCAGUGAACUGUUCCAGGACCACCAGCGCCUCUGGGCCCAGCUCUUCAGCCCAGGGGUAGAGAUGAAGAAGAUCACCGAUGCCCACACCCCAUCCAGCCUGACGGUGAACCUAACUCUGUACUACAUGCUCUCCUGCUCCCCAGCCCCCCUGCUCAGCCCCGCCCUGAGCCACAGGGAGCGGGAACAGAUGGAGGCAACGCUCAACUACGAAGAUCACUGCUUCAGUGGCCACGCCACGAUGCACGCUGAGAACCUGUGGCCUGGGCAGCUGGCCACGGUCCAGCAGAUCCUUCAGCUGUCCGACCUGUGGAAGCUGACCCUGCAGAAGCGUGGUUGCAAGGGACUGGUGAGGGCGGGUGCCCCGGGCAUCAUGCAGGGCAUGGUGCUGAGCUUCGGUGGACUGCAGUUCACAGAGAACCACCUCCAGUUCCAGGCCGACCCCGAUGUGCUACACAACAGCUACUCCCUCCACGGCAUUCGCUACAAGAACGACCACAUCAACCUGGCCGUGCUGGCCGAUGCCCAGGGCAAGCCCUACCUACAUGUGUCCGUGCAGUCCCUGGGCCAGCCCGCCAAGAUCUACGCCUGUGAAGCGGGCUGCCUGGACGAGCCCGUGGAGCUGACCUCGGCACCCCAGGGCCAUACCUUCUCCAUCAUGGUGACACAACCCAUCACGCCGCUGCUCUACAUCUCCACCGACCUCACGCACCUGCAGGACCUGCGGCACACGUUGCACCUCAAGGCCAUCCUGGCCCACGACGAGCACAUGGCCCAGCAGGACCCCGGGCUGCCCUUCCUCUUCUGGUUCAGCGUGGCCUCCCUCAUUACCCUCUUCCAUCUCUUCCUCUUCAAGCUCAUCUACAAUGAGUAUUGCGGGCCCGGCGCCAAGCCCCUCUUCCGGAGUAAGGAAGAUCCCAGUGUCUGAGUGAAUGAUGUCCUGCUUUCAGCCACCUUUGCACAAGACACCCAGCAUGGAAAGGCCUGCUGCGACGAACAAGGGAGCUUAUGAAAACCACCACCCUUUUGUGCCUUGUUGGGGGAAACCAGCUAUUCGGAGCACUUGUGGGUAUUCAAGAGUUUGUGUUGGAAGGAAGGAGAGUGUCUGGUGGGGAGGGAGAUGCUAGUGGGCUUGUUGUAAGCUUUUGGCUCAAUAAAAUGAACCCGAAUGG